CUUUGUCUUGUUAAAAUAUUGGUUUCUGCAAAUUUGAAAAGAAGAAAAACUAGCGCACUCUCACUACACGCGUCACUCAGAAACUUAUUUUUGAUUAUCUUUUACAUUUUCCCACGUCCCAAACACCACCUUAUCAUCAUACCUUUCAUCUGAACAUUGGUGGGCGGCGGUGAUGGCCGGUGACCGGAGAGAAAUUGUGUUAAACGUGGACGAGGCAGCAGCUAAAGGGAAGAUAUGGAGGGAAGGUAGCAUCGAUUUUUGGAAUGACAAAGAGCAACACAAUGGGGCUGAUAAAUAUGCGUUUGAUUUUCCUCAAACUAACGAUAAAGCUUCUUCAGCUGCUGCAUCAAUGGAGGCAGAUCCGCCAUCGAAGCUCAUUGGCCAAUUCUUACACAAACAACAAGCUUCGGGUGAGUUUUGCUUGGACUUUGAUAUGGAUAUGGCUGAGCUUCAGCUUCAGCAACAGAACAGCAUUCCCAGAAGCUUAGGUCCCAUUUCGGAGUCUCCUACUACGGGGAACCGGGUCUCUUUCGACCCCAACCCGCCCGACUCUAAUAGUAGCGAGUCGGUUAAGAGGAGACAUCAGUGUAAGGAUUCUCCUAGCAAUGACAGUGGUGCUGGGGGUGAGAUUUUGAAGUGUAGCAGUUCGUCGUUUAAGAAGAAUAAUAAUAAGUCCCAUUUGUUGAAAGAGAGGACUAAAUCUAGGUUAUUGGACCCGCAACAAAAACCCGAGAAAUCGGGGAGAGUUGCAGGAAGAUCGGGGCAAUUGAGGUCCGGAUUUAUUGGGAAAGGUAGUGUUUUUGAUGAGGAGGAGGAUGAUCCAUUGUUGGAGGAUGAUAUACCUGAAGGACUUAAGAAAGAUAAACUUGAUUUUGUGACUCUAGUUGAAUGGGUCAGUUUGAUUCUAAUUAUUGCUGCUUUAGUAUGUAGUCUUGCUAUUCCAUUUUUGAGGAACAAAACUCUUUGGAGACUUAGCUUGUGGAAAUGGGGAGUUUUUGUUUUGGUUUUAAUAUGUGGUAGAUUAGUUUCUGGGUGGGUUAUUAGGAUUGUUGUGUUUUUUAUUGAGAGGAAUUUUCUUUUGCGAAAACGGGUUUUGUAUUUCGUAUACGGGAUCAAGAAACCUGUGCAAAAUUGCUUGUGGUUAGGACUUGUUUUGAUUGCUUGGCAUUUUUUGUUCGAUAGGAAAGUUGAAAGAGAAACCAAGAGUACAACACUUAGGUAUGUCACUAAAGUUUUAGUGUGCUUGGUGGUGGGUACAUUGUUGUGGCUUGUGAAGACUCUUGUGGUUAAAGUGCUUGCAUCUUCUUUUCAUGUUAGUACUUACUUCGACCGCAUUCAGGAGGCAUUGUUUAAUCAGUAUGUCAUUGAGACUCUCUCCGGUCCUCCUUUGAUUGAAAUUCAAAAUAAUGAGCAAGAGGAAGAAAAAAUUGCAGCUGAAGUUGAAAAAUUACAGAAUGCGGGUGCAUAUAUUCCCCCUGGCCUUAAGGCAGCUGCCUGUUCGUCACAACAACAGGGACCAAAAGUAAUCGGGAGUGGCAGGAUGCAGAAAAGCCCUCGAAUAGGUACCCCGAGGCUCUCUCGUGCAUUAUCCAAGAAACCCAAUGAGGAAGAUGAUGGGAUAACAAUUGAUCACUUGCACAAAUUGAACCCUAAGAAUGUCUCUGCUUGGAAUAUGAAGAGGCUUAUAAACAUGAUACGUUAUGGCUCUCUGUCUACUCUGGAUGAGCAUUUACGAGAUUCCACUCAUGAUGAUGAUGAGCCAGCUACAAAUAUUAGAAGUGAACUCGAAGCAAAAGCUGCAGCAAGGAAUAUAUUCCAGAAUGUGGCUAAACCAGGGUCUCGGUACAUUUACUUGGAUGAUAUUAUGCGUUUUAUGCAAGAAGAUGAGGCUCUGAAAGGCAUGAGUCUUUUUGAAGGAGCAUCUGAAAGCAAGAAGAUUAGCAAGUCAUGUUUGAAAAAUUGGGUGGUUAAUGCUUUUAGAGAACGGAGAGCACUUGCUUUGACAUUGAAUGAUACAAAAACCGCUGUGAAUAAGCUGCAUCGCAUGGUGAAUAUUUUGGUUGCGAUCCUUAUAGCUGUUAUUUGGCUUCUUAUACUCGGAAUCGCUACAACCAAAUUUCUCGUCUUCCUAAGCUCCCAACUCCUCCUUGUUGCAUUUGUAUUCGGAAACACCUGCAAAACAGUAUUUGAAGCUAUAAUCUUCUUGUUCGUGAUUCAUCCUUUUGAUGUGGGUGAUCGCUGUGAAAUUGACGGAGUUCAGAUGGUGGUAGAAGAGAUGAACAUUUUAACUACUGUUUUCCUAAGAUUUGAUAACCAGAAGAUUGUAAUUGCGAACAGUGUUCUUUCUAACAAAUCCAUCGGUAACUACCAUCGUAGUCCAGACAUGGGAGAUGCAGUUGAGUUCCUUAUCCAUGUAGCGACACCAGCUGAGAAGAUUGCUGUCAUGAAACAACGUAUAGUCAGUUACAUCGAGAACAAAAAGGAUCACUGGUAUCCUUCACCUAUGAUCAUAUUGAAGGAAUUGGAAGACCUGAGUAGGGUAAGGAUAGCAAUAUGGCUGACUCACAAAAUGAACCACCAAGACAUGGGAGAGAGGUGGUCAAGGAGAGCUCUCUUACUUGAAGAGAUGGUUAAAGUCUUUCGGGAACUCGACAUUCAGUACCGCCUGCUUCCGAUUGACAUCAACGUCCGUGCUUUGCCUCCUGUCUCUUCCGACCGUGUUCCACCUAGCUGGAUCACUUAUGGGUAAACCUGAAAAAUUAGAAUUUAAUCUAGAACUAAUUGACAUUACCAGGUUAAAACAGUUGCUUUUUUAGUCAAAUUAGCAUUCCUUUAUGUAUUAUAUGUUAUAUAUAUAGUUGAGAAUUUUAUGUCAUUUCAACGCAUUUUUUAUAAAUUUAGAAUGAGUUCAGUUGCAA